CUUCUCCUCGCGUCAAUUGCGCCCAUUCUUCCCUUCACUUAUACUCAAUCAAUUAUAGAACCCUUGGCCUGAGGCCUCUUAUGGUCAGCACACAAUGACCGUCACUCGAUCCCAGACGGGGAAAACCCCAAAGAAAAUGGAGCGACCCGGCUUCAUCGAGACACCUGGCCGCCGAGUAACCCGCAGCGCCAGCGCCAGACUGUCAGAGGAACCUUCCGACUCAACAGCUGAAGGAUCGAAGUCGACAACCCGGAGACGCACUUCUGUCAAGAUCAAGACUGAACCUGUGGAGGAAGAGUCAAAGCCAUUCGCGACCAAUGGUCAUGCCGAGAAUUCUGGUGUCAAGAAGGCUCGGAUUGUGGAUGGUUGGGAAGAGGGGAAGGACCCCAAAGUCGACUACAGCGGCCACUUUGAAUUUGGAGGCUCGUUCGGUGUAGCGUCCAUGAUGAUCGGAUUCCCGCUACUGAUGUACUACAUGUGGAUUGGUGCCACCUACUACGAUGGCAAGUUUCCUCGCCCCGCCGAUGGGCAGAGUAUGGCGGACUUCUUUGCGCAUCUGGGACACCUGGUAUACGAAGGUGCUUUCCCGUCUCUCAAGGCUUGGACGAUCUAUUGGGUGUUCUUCAUCUUCGAGGGAAUCUGCUACCUGUAUCUUCCCGGUAUCACUGUGAUGGGUCGUCCUCUGCCGCACUUGGGAGGCAAGCAGCUGCCCUACUACUGCUCUGCUGUUUGGUCCUUCUACACCACCAUUGUGCUGGCCUCCCUGCUUCAUGUUACUGGCAUUUUUAAGCUGUACACUAUCAUUGACGAGUUCGGCCCUCUUAUGAGCGUCGCUAUCCUUUCUGGGUUCCUUGUUGCUUUCGUGGCCUACUUUUCGGCAUUGGCACGCGGGGCGCAACAUCGCAUGACCGGGUACCAUGUCUACGACUUCUUCAUGGGUGCCGAGCUUAACCCCAGAAUGUUUGGGAUCUUGGACUUUAAGAUGUUCUUUGAAGUUCGCCUUCCCUGGUACAUUCUGCUCUUCGUUACCUUGGGUGCCGCGGCCAGGCAGUAUGAAGUCUAUGGCUACGUCUCUGGAGAAGUUGGCUUCCUUCUCAUGGCGCACUUCUUGUACGCGAACGCCUGCUCUAAGGGUGAAGAGUGCAUUGUGUCAACUUGGGAUAUGUACUACGAAAAAUGGGGUUUCAUGCUGAUCUUCUGGAACCUCGCUGGUGUUCCUCUGAGCUACUGUCACUGCACAAUCUACCUGGCCAACCACGACCCGGCCACGUACCACUGGAACCGCUACUUCCUCACAUUCCUCUACAUUGCCUACCUCUUUGUGUACUGGGUGUGGGAUACGACCAACAGCCAGAAGAACCGUUACCGCCAACAGGAGCGUGGAACGAUGGUGUUCCGCAGCACCUUCCCUCAGCUGCCUUGGCAGACGCUGAAGAACCCCAAGACCAUUACGGCUGAGGAUGGUUCGAAGAUCCUCGUCGACGGCUGGUAUGGCAAGGCACGCAAGAUCCACUACACCUGUGACCUGUACUUUGCCCUUAACUGGGGUCUCAUCACUGGGUUCAGCAGCCCCUUUCCUUGGUUCUAUCCUUUGUUCUUUGCCUGCAUGAUCACCCACCGUGCGAUGCGCGAUAUCGAGCGUUGCCGGAACAAGUACGGCGAGGCCUGGAGGGAGUACGAGAGACAGGUUCCCUAUCUGUUCAUCCCGGAAUCAUUCCACGAUGUGCCGACAAAGGCGGACGGCAGUGGAACUAUGCGCAUUUAUGUGUUCCACCCUACUAUUCCCGGAUAUCCUAAGGCGCGGUUCCCCGGUGUAGUUGUCUUUAGUGAAAUCUAUCAAGUAACUGGCCCCGUUGCGCGAUUUGCUCGCCAAAUCGCCGGACAGGGAUACAUCUGUGCGGCACCCUCGAGUUAUCAUGAGUUCACAGGUCCUGAGCCGUUGAAGUAUGAUGCCGAGGAUACGGAUAAGGGCAACCAGUGGAAGAUUAGCAAGAAAAUCGCAGCUUACGAUGAGGACGCCUCAUUAUGCGUCGACUAUCUUCUGUCACUCCCCACGUGCAAUGGCCGUGUAGGUGCGACGGGUAUGUGCCUUGGUGGACAUCUGGCGUAUCGCUGCGCGUUGGACAGCCGCGUGAAAGCGGCGGUGUGCUACUUUGCCACGGACAUCCAUAGUAAGACGUUGGGGCUGGGGAAGAAUGAUGAUAGUUUGGCCCGGGCGGGGGAUAUCAAGGGCGAGAUGCUCAUGAUUUUCGGAAAGAACGAUACCCAUGUUCCGCCCGAGGGAAGGGAUUUGAUCCGCAAGACCCUUCAUGACAAGGGAGUCUUGUUUAGCUUUUACGAAGUGGCUUGGGCUCAACAUGCCUUUAUUCGCGAUGAGCUCAGCAAGGGACGGUAUGACCCUGCUAUUACCAAGGUGUGCUUUGAGAUGUUGCUGGAGUUGUUCGGGCGGACGCUGAAGCUGGAUCUGGGAGAGCAUGAUGGGAAGGAGUUGAAGAUUGAAGACGUGUGCUAGACUAGAGGAUGGGAUGUGCGGAGUCUGUUGCAGUGGGUGGAUGAUGGUAUCAAUAGGCAGCGACGAUAUAUCGGGAAACU